CUCCAGCUGGGAGCGAUGUUAUGGGAGCGACACCUCGGAGUCGCUCGCGUUUUCGACGAAAUGGAGCUCAAAAACUGACCCAGAGCGACGUCCUAGAGCGACACCUUGAAGUCGCUCCAGCCCAGAGCGAGGUUUCUAGAGCGACACUUCAAGGUCGCUCGCGGUUUUGUCGAAACACGACGCGAGGAAACGACUCGGGAGUGACCUCUCCCAGCGACACCCUCACGUCGCUCCCGAACCGGUCCAGGUAAGUUUCCUAACUCUAAACCCCGGUUUAAUUCAAGUAAACCGACCCUAACCACCCUAGACCGAACCGGACGACCCUAAACCUACCCCAACCCCCGCGACUCCAUCUCUAUCACUCUCCCCCUCCUCUCACAAACUCACAAACUCUCUCAAACUCACCCACACCAAAAUUCCCAAAACCUUCUCAAUUCUCACCCAAAUCAACUACUUCUUGUUCCUAAAUCCAAGCUUUCGCCCCUGUAGUCUAUUCUUCACUACCCAUUCACCAUUUCCUUUCAUCCAGAGCAAGGUAUUGAGUUUUUAAAUUCAAAUUCGUAGGUCCAUGAACCCUAGAAUUUGAAAGUCUAAAUUUGGUCUUUUUCUUGCUAGAUUGUGGUGAAAUAGACUAGGGAAAGUUUAUCUAUCAAGUUGGGUUGUUGAAUUAAUGGUGAAAUUGAGUUUAAAUUGCACUUUGGCAAAAUUAGGGUUCAUGGAUUUGGGAGUUUUUCGAAUUUGAUCUUAAUUGGGUGUGUUUGUGGGUGGACUAGAUGCGUUAAAAUGUUACAUUGUUGCAUUGUGUUGAACUUGAGUUUAAACUGAAAAAUUCACCUGUUAAGUUCACUUUUGCAAAAAAAAUUUCACUUGCAAAAUCUUGCUUUUCUCUACUUCCAUCUACUUAUCCCUUUCCAAGUUUGUAAUCUUUCAGGUGAAAAUGGUUAAGAAGACAAAGGGAAGGUUGGAAGCUGAGAGGCAAGAAGCCGAAAGUCAAGAGUUUGCACUAAGAGGAAAAGCUUUAACCUGCGAGCCAACUGGCUCAAGGACGCAGAGGACUGUGCGACAGCAGACGUUGGCUGCAAGGAAAUCGAAAGAACACGAGAAGAGGGCAGGGAAAAGUGUAGCAGUUCCCACCCAUGAGGAAGGUGAAACUGAGAGUGAAGAUGAGCCGGCACCUACGAAGAAAGCCAAGAUGUCAAAGGGCAAAGGGGUUGCUGUUGAUCGAGACAGAGCGAAAACUCCAUCUGUGGAGGAGCUAUAUGAUCAUUUGAAGAAUGGAGUCACUUGGGCUCCAACCAGGUUUGCCGACCUCGAUUUGCUGAAGGAGUUGGGUCUAGAGUCUGAUAUUGAGGCGAUGCUGGGACAUUUGAAGAUGCCAAAACUCCUCACCAUGGCUUAUCCUUUCUACAAGGAUGUCACUUGUCAGUUCCUCUCCUCUCUUGUGGUCACUUACCACGACACGGCGCAUGUGAGACAAGGAUGGGGAAAAAUCAGGUUCAAGAUCAAUGGAAGAGAAUACAACAUGAACUUCAAGGACAUUGGGAGGGUCAUGGGAUUCCAAGACCUAGAAGACAACUCCCUUACCAAGUGUGAGAACCUCCCCACAGAGCUUUGGAAGUUGAUCACUGGAAACAGGCACUCUACCGGGGCUGACAAGAACUCACACAUCCGACACCCGUCUGUACGCUACCUCCACAGAUUGCUAGUCCAUGCUUUCUACCCACGGAAGCAAGCUGGUAAUGUUACUGAGGAAGACAUGCGACUGCUCUGUCCGGCUAUCCGUCUUUACACUCAACCUGGAGUGUUACCCCUUCCCAGCACUGAUAUCUAUGCUACCUUUGGGAUGGUCAGUUUCUUUGUGGGCCGUCUCGAACACUACAGAGACUGGACGUGGUACACCACUGAUUCGCGCCCAAAGAUGGGGAUAGGCGGAAUGAUCACACCACAGCUCCAAUUUCUGAAUGUUCCCUUGGGAAAGGACGCAGCGGGGCCUAGGUUCAUUGAUGGCACCUACUUGAGGAUUGCCACCUAUUUCAGUGGGAUGUAUGGGAAGGACUACGUCUACCACUACUACUUGCAGGGCAAGCCAGUCGAGGUGUUUCUUCCAAACCGGAACCUGACGAGUUUAGAGAUACCUGGAGCUGUCAGCUUCAACAUUCCCCAGGAGUACUUUCUCGGAGAACACGGGCCUCUCGAUCCAAUUCAAGCAGCUUCAUCAAGGAGAAGGAGUGUCCCUACGCAACCUGACUCGCCUGUUGCAGACACGUCUGAGCAUAUCUAUGGACCUCCGCGCUACUACUUCAAGCCCCAUGACGGAGUCCUUCCCCCCGAAGCUCUCCGUGAUGCUCAUGACCACAUUGGUCGUCUCCAGAGGUGGAACAAAGCUCAGGACAGAACGAUAGAAAAGCUGAAGGAUAAGUGCAAGGCGCUCAGCAAGACUGUGAAGAAGCAGGCAAAGACUUCAGCCAAGUUCAUGAAGAAAGUAGCUGAUGUUUUAACUAGGGGAGGAAUAGCUGGAUGUAGCUCAGCCGAUUUCGCUUUCGCGAACACCUCAAACCCCCAGCCUCCACCCCCGCCUGAUGCUCUUGGUUUCCCCCUCACUGCUGCGCAGCUUCAGCUGAGGACGAGAUUGACGAGGUUGAGAGCCAGCCAUGGUAUGGAGGCUCCGGUUCAGCAUCCGGUGGUUACUACACCACCUUCCCUCCUGACGACGACGAUGCUGGGGCAUCUGCCCCCACCUACUAUCCAUAGGAGGUACUCCUUUCUCUCCCUUGUAUAUACCAUUUCAUUUUUGCAUAUUAGUUUUCUUCUCGGUAUCUCUCUCUUUCCUUGACAACACAGAGACUGUGUAACUCAAGUUUGGGGGAGGUACCAAGCAUUUGAUCAUGUUUGCUUUGAUUGUGUUUCAUUUGAGUCAUGCAUUGCACACCUAUUUACAUAAAAAAAAAAAAAGAUUUUUCAUUUAGUUUGCAUCAUUUGCACCAUUAUGAGAGUCUAGAGCAUAUAGGUUGCAUUCACUUGCAUUGGGAGCAAUGAUUUUAAAUGCCUUGUAAAGAACACUACGUUGCACCUGAGUAGCCAUGCACCUCUCGAAAAGACUUGUAUGUUUCGAGCCUUGAAAACUCUUCUUGAAACUUGUUGAUUGUUGAAACUUAGUCUUUGAAGCCAGCUACAACCUUAUUUGAACUGAAUGAACUUAAUGCUUCUUGCUUAGGGUCUCUUGUGUACUGAGUCAUGGCUAUACACACUUGAGUUGUCACAUCUUUUAUGCCAUUCUUUUUGACAAACUCUAGUGGAAGACCACUCCCAAAACCUUUCCUUCCUUUUAAGCUUUCAUUGUUUGAUGAGUGAGGCCUUCUUCGGAAAGUUUUACAUGUGCAUAAUGUUGAGA